AUGGGGCGAACUUGCAGGAGUAUUGGCUGAGGGAUACGGGGGCGCUGGAGAUGACGGUCACGAAUUUCAAUCCGGCGACCGGGGACGUGACGUCGCAGGUGGUUUACACGUGUCCGCUCACGUCGGGACUCCUCAUGUCGUCUCCCGCACGGCAAAGUUCCCUCCUGAGUUCGUACUAUUCGGUGUACGCUGCGAUGCUGACGGGGCUGCACCUGGAAGCCCGGGUCGACUUCCGGCUGUGUGAAGACCCGACCGGUUCCGGCCAGGACUUCUCCGGCGUCACCAGCGGGGCCUACCUCCGGGAGUUAUUCUUUGCCAACCCCGAGACACCCGAGUCGGUGAUAGUGAGCGCAUCCUUCACCAUGGUCUCCGACUUGACCGACGGUGACGGAUUCGCAUACCAGUCGAUGCUGAUCGUCUUCGAUCCGACGGAUCUGGUCAUCGUCCUCCCGGCUUACUGGACGACCGUCGACGGCGUCUGGACGAACAUCCUCGGCGCGGAAUUCUACUUGGAAUGUAACCUCGGGGAGGGGGUCGUGGUU